UAUUCUAAAUAUAUCAGCUAGAAACCGAUUGUUUAUAUUCGGCGCCCCAUAGUUGUUGACUGAGUAAAAUACAUUAGUAACAUGACAUUUAGGCUAUCAUUUAACAAAUAACAAAAUUAACCCGGCUGUUUUCCCAAUCAGCAGGGCAGCAGGUGUGAUAAUGAAGUUGUGACGCAAAUUGAGAUCAGCCCAGAGCAGGCUCUACACUGGUCGCAACUGUGGCUCCAGCACCCGCUGUUGCUCCUGUUUUUCAGAUCAUGUCGGUGAUCGCUUGGCUUCUUUGGACAUUGUUUCGUGGUACCCUGGGAGGUCCGGUUCAGCGCGCGGCAUGGUCGGAAGGGAUAAAUCCGGGAAAGACAAAACAGGAUGGAAGCCCCCGCCCUUCAUUCUACCAUCUGCCCAUGUUCCAGCACGCACCGGGGCCACUUGUAGCACAAGAGCUGUUUCGGCCGGUUCCUCAUAAAAGACCGCUUCCCGCCGGACUGACUGCGCUGCUGUUACCUCCAACAAGACAACACCAGAGCGUCCAAGGGACAGGUGCACGCGCUGUGGAGGUCUGGUGCGGAAUCGAUAAAAUCUCUGUGCGCGUGGACCGUUUCCAGGUGCGGGCUUGGACCGUUCCAUCCCUGUUCCUACUGGGCUCGUGCCAAGCCAGCAGAAUCAGCCCCCGAUUCCUGUAUUUCCACUACAGACUGACAGAAUGCAACGGAGAAUCUAAGGUUGUUGGUGGUCAGCUGGUGUAUACAUUUUCACUGUAUUAUACUCCACCUCCUCAAGGCUAUGUCAUCAGAGUUCUACCACUUAAACUUCCCAUCCACUGCCAUUACAACAGGUUUCAUUACUCUUACCAAGUUGGCUUCAGACCUCAAGUACGGCACACAACGUUUAUGAAGAGCAUCAGGAGUAAACUCAGCUUCAGCCUCACUGUCUGCAAUGCCCAGUGGGAGCCCCUCCCUCCAGGCCACUGGUUCUUUUUAGGGGAGCCGGUGUAUUUUGUGGCCCAGACAGGAGCUUUGUUGGCUGGGGAGAGGCUUUACGUGGAUGCAUGCUAUGCCACAAGCUCCAAAGACCCAAACAGAAUUCCCAAAGUGGAUAUUAUUACUAACUACGGCUGCAUUACAGAUAGCAAGAGGGAGGGCAGCAGCUCCCAGUUCCUGCUGAGAGGGGGCAGUGUACUUAAGUUCUCUGUGGAUGCCUUUCUCUUCAGAGCAGUCUCACAAGUGCUGUACCUCCACUGUUCAAUGUCAGUUGGUCUAACCACUUCCCACACCUCAAAGUCGUGCAGCUACAACAAGGCUGCUGGCAGGUGGGAGGAGCUGGAAGCCCCACCCUCAGUAUGCUCCUGCUGUGAUUCCAGAUGCACUGGCAUACAGGACUCUAUAAAGAACACAGUCAGCAGUCCAGGCUGGUUCAUUGGACAAAAGGGUGAAGAGAAACCAAGGAUGAAGGUGAUAUCUUUUCAAGCAGAGGAGGGAAGAGAAUGGGUGGAUCAAGAAGAGAAGAGGGAAGAAAUAAUGGAAGAGCACCUUAAAAAAGUCCAGACUUUUCCACAGGAGACAGAGAUUGGUCAUGAGGAGGAAAAAGAAGAAGCCUUUCCUGAGAAGACUUCUGUGCUCCCUGCUGAGAAAAAAGAAUGGAGGCACAGUCCUACAGUCAGCCAGCAGGGAAAGAAAGAAAAGGAGGGUGAGACAGAAGAGUUGGUUAUAGAAAAGGAAGUCGGCCACCCGAAAGAAUUAGCAACAGAUGGCAUCAUUAUGUCUGACCAGACUAGACCAGAGGAAAAUGAGAUAGUACAGGCCAGGGUCCCUAGUACCAGAAAUGUUUCUGUGAGUGGUUUAUCAAGUGAGAACAGUAGCACUAAUGCUUCAAGAAAUGGUUCUGGUACCACCACUAUUACUACAGGAAAUUUUGGUUCUGCUGAAAAUGUUUCUACAGCUGUAAUUCAUAUCAUUAAACAUUGUCCUAAUAGUGAUAAAAUGAGUUGUAGUGCCACAAACAGUGCAAUUAAGCGUGAAAGGGGUAGUAAUAGUGUUGGAGAUGGUACCAUGUAUACUGCUAUUGGUGCAGAGAGAGUUACCCCCUAUAAUGUUACAGGUACAUCUGGUACCAGUAGAUUUGGACCUGUUUGGGAUUUAAGAGUCCAUGAGAGUUUGUUUGGCAGUAGACUUGAGACAUUAGCUGGGACACAUUCUGCCACCAAUAACUUUGAAAUUGACCCCCCUGGUGUUCUUCAUGUCAGAAAGAGCAGGCUGGAGUCAGAUAAUGUGGACACUGUCCUGUGGUCAGAACAGGUCAAGUCUGUUAAUAAAUCAGUGGACACCAAGUAUGGCAGGAGACCAGGGCAAACAGGUGAUUCUGUUAACAGUAAAGGACCACAUGGAGAUGAUAUGAUUCACAGUCUACAGAUCAGAGGUUUAGAAUCAGACCAGUCUGCUCAUCCAGCUGGGUUCAUGGAUCCAAUCUGUGUAGACGGGUUACUUUGUGAGUCUGAUUUUGAUUCUGGAAUUGAAGAAGGUGAAACUCUUCAUCCAAAUCAGUUUACUGGAGCAGUGAAGACAAAGAAAGAAGUACAAGAAUUAUCUGGUACCAUUACAAGACCACACAGUGUCAGUUCUGAUUCUGUUAGUUUGGAACAAAUGCAUCAAGACAACCCCAGUCAUUCUGCUGUGGUGACAGUUAAUACAAGGCUGCAAGGCUCUAUGAGCAGCCACAUGUCAGAGUGGGCUGAAGUGGUGCCAGGAUGGGACCUGCAAAGUUUGGGGUUUGUGGAGGAGCAGCCAACGCAGGUGGAAGAGACAGGAGGUGAUGGAUGACUUCUUUUAAGAUAAGACUAAUAGACUUGUACUAGGAGAGGCUUUAUAAAACAGGUGUUAACAUUUCCAUAAAGUAGUAACGUGCCAAAGGUUUGGUGUUGGGGAAAUAAAUUAAAAUACUCCUGUGCAAUUUAAUCCAAUUCAACAGCCUUUAAGCUUAUCAAAUUAAAUUUUUGUUGACUGGUCUGCUACUUUUUACAUGGGGGGUGGACAGUAUAUUAGAAACAUCUAUAACGCAAUCCAGCAUGAUGUCGUGACAAACCACAGCCUCUAAAUUGACAAUAGAGUUUAAAACACAAAAACUGAAUAUCAUAAUAUGCUGGGGUGUUAUACUGGAGUACAUUGGGUUGUACAGGUGUUCAAUUGUUGAGGUAUUUCAAUACAGAUGAGGCAGAAAGGAAAUUGUGAGAAAAGUGAGAUCUAAGAGUAGUUGAAGGUCACAGUGGGGUUUCCUGCAAGUAGCAUCAGCGGGAGGAAAUUAGGCAGUUCCUGAUUAGCAGUCAAUCUUAUCAAGCUUUUAUCACAAUUUAUUAAAACAACAUUACAACCAUUUCUUUCAAAUGCUGGAACUUUCCUAGGCUUGUGGAACCUCGGAAAUAUUAGAACCUUUCCAUAAAUCUCAAGGACCGGGACCAGCUGUAGACCAUUGGAACUCCUGAACUGCUCACAUGGAACAUGGAGUACUUGAAAUAAAAACCGGAUCCCAGGGCAGACUUUCAGGAAAACCUUGUCAGGGCUGGAGCAGAACAAAUAGUUGCAGAACCUGGUGUUCACCUGGCAGUGUCCAUGUAGACAUGUUGAUAAAUAAUAAACUCCUCUGACCAAGCCAUUA